GCCAAAGAGUCGUUCGAGAUUCUCAAGCGGAAAAUCGUGUCUACGUUUCUGUUGCGUCACCCCGACCGGCACAAACCGUUCGUGAUCAUACCACAUGCGAAUCGCUGGGCGGCCUGCGCUGUCCUAGGACAAGAUUAUGAUGGGAAGAUCCUAACCGUACGGUUCACCGGACGGGUGCUGAAUGAGACCGAAAUUAGGUAUCACGAAGCAGAGAAGGAGGUGAUCGCGGUCAUGCGAGUGUUGGAUGUGUUCGGGAAUCUCGUCAGGGGAUGCCCGAUCAAGGUCUACACGUGGUAUUCCGUCCUGUCCUGGUUGUUGAAGUCUAAGAGCGUCCGAUGGGGAGUGAUCUUGUCCCAUUGGGACUUAGAAGUCCACAAGGUUCAGAGCGACGAGGAUGGGUUGGCUGCCAUUAUGGGAACAGGCAUCACCCCACGUGAGCAUUUGGAUGAAGUAGCUGAAUCCCUGAUAUCACUCAAGGGGCGAGUGAAACCCCAACCGGUUAUCAGCGUGGAGAUGUUGGAAGCGGACUUUGAUGGUUAUGUGUUGAGUUUCGAUGGCGCUGCUAAGACGUCUACGCGUCAGGGCAGCUGUGGAUGUAUCAUCUGGAAACUCCCCGGUUGGAAGGUAGUGACUGCUCAAGGUUUCGUACUCGAAGAUGUCACUGUCAACGAGUACCAUGGCCUACUCAAAGGUCUGACCAUGGUAGCCGAGCGGGACAUCCCAGAUGUGGUUGUUGUCGGAGAUUCACAGUAUGGUGCCCUACGAGAAAAGUUCAAGUCGGUCCGGUUGGUACAUGUCAAGAGAGAAUACAACCAGUCGGCCGACUAUCUUACCUCGAAGCCAUUGGCGGCUGGAGAAUCCUGGAUCGUGACCGACCCGGCCGAGAUGACGCACUUGGAAUAUGUGUCUUCGAUUCCAGAGAAGUUGAUGAAGCCAGUAGUCGUUCUGGACUCAGAAGACCCACACCGACUGGCGAACCAACUAGUGUUCAACCAGGACCCGAGUCCGCGCCUUUACCAACCCCGUCAGAGUGAUCCGAUGGGACCAUUGGAGUAUCAAGCGGAAAGGUGGAGACGAAUCAAGGCGCAUCAAGAUGAGGAUCACCGCCUGCUAAACCUCAAGACGUUCUUGCGAGGUGAAGUGGAUAGUUUCUCUCGCGCGCAAAUACGUCGCCUCUCGAAGGAAACUGGCCUGUUCGUGUUGGACAGUCGAGACGUGUUGUUCCGCCUGAAUCACUCCGCUCAGGGGAGACCCAGAGAUCAGACGGACAUGUUACGAUUGGCAGUCCCAGAGACAUUACGGCAGGACAUAUUGCACUACGCUCAUGAGGAUUUCCAAGGGGAUUUCUACUGGUAUGGAAUGUAUGCGGAUGUGGAGGCGUUCGUCAAAGAAUGUGUAGAUUGUGCAAGCGGAAAGGGGCGCCCCCCUAACCAGGGGCCCUCCCCCGGGAACAUUGAGCUGACUCACCCAUUUGAGAUUGUCUCUAUGGAUUUCGUCACUCAUUUACCGGAGUCCGCCCGGGGCAACACUUUCUUGUUGCUUUUCCAGGAUAUGUUCUCAGGUUAUGUCAUGUGCAAGCCGAUGAGCUCGACCACUGCACAAGAGGUGGCUGAGGCGUAUGAAGAACGCGUUUUCCAGAUGGUUGGGAAUAUAUGA